GUGACGGUUGUUGCGGAAGUGGCCAGCGAGCUUUGCGUCGCAGAAGAGACCUGCUGUUCUUGACUGCACCGGCGGUGACAGGAUCUUUGUGGGAGACUUUUGUCUGGAUAUGGGUUGUUCUGAAACAUGAUCCGAUGAUAUUCCAGCCUGUUGCUAUUCCGGUUCCAUUGCAACAAGCCUUUAAAUCCCUUUAACGCUAUAUAAACAGAGGAGAGCUGUUUGGAGCCAUGGGUUCACUCCAGUCCUCUCCAAGCCAUCAGGACUACGUUGAUUUGGCAGAGAAAACCGGCUUUUCGUUUGAACAGAUUUCCAUCUUGCAUAAAAGGUUCAAGCAGCUGAGCCACAAUGAAGACAAACUGAGGAGAGAACACUUUGGUCAAAUCACAGAUCUACAUGCCAAUCCCAUCCGUGAACAGAUCGUUGAAGCUUUCUUUGACAGAAGAAACUUCUAUCAGGAAAUUGAGGAACCAGUCAGCGAGAUAAGCUUUGAAAACUUCCUGGUGGUCAUGUCUAACUUCAGGCCACCGUCAGAUAACAUGUCACAAGAAAAGCUUGUAAAAGUCAGGAAGGAGAAGCUGAGAUUUUUGUUCAACAUGCACGACACGGACAAAGAUGGAACCAUCACCCUUGAAGAAUACAGACAUGUUGUGGAAGAGCUGUUAUCUUACUAUGAGGCGCUGGAGACUGAGACAGCCAGAGGAAUUGCUGAUGCAGCCAUGUUGGAGGUGGCCAGUAUCACAAGAGGCCACAUGGAACCUGAUGAAUUCUAUGAGGGAAUCACAUUUGAGCACUUUCUGAAGCUUCUGGAGGGCUUUGACAUUGAGUCAAGAAUGAAUAUUCGCUUCAUGAACAUGGACACCACAACCCUGUGUAAGUUAGAAUGUCGCAAUAAAGUAUGCAGUGAAUAAACCAAAUAUCAGAUGAUAAAAACCUAUUAUGCCUUUAGUGUAGCAUGGACAGUUUCUUUUUCCCUCUGCUCUGUUGCUCCCACUGCAGGUCUGCCUUAUGCAUAUUUGAAAAGCUAUGCAAUAUAUCCAAAGAUAUCAAAUAUAUUUAAUUUAUUACAAUCAUUGUUCAGCUCAAAUGUACCUCUAUUUUAGACAUGUCUAGAAGGAAUCAAAUGUUAAUAUCUGUGAAUGGAUACCAGCGAUAAUACACACAGGUGCUGAAAAACCUUAGGAAAUAAUGUUCAGGGAAGUAAAAGUUUGUUACAUCUAUAAGUGUCCAAUAAUACAAAAUAUAUGAAUGUAUUUUGUUUUAUGUUACAAUUAAUCAGCGCAUAAACACCCCAAUGUGUUUAAACAAAUAAAAAACAUGUGAAUUUGACCUGUCUUCCCCUAAUUUUUCCUAAAAUAUGCUGUGAUAUAAGGUCUCUGCAGAAUAUGUGCAUAUAUGUGAAUGUAGUGAGACUACACAACAUCCUUUUCAAUGAUUAAUUCAUUAAUAGAGCCUUCAACUCCUGGUUAAUUUGUGGUUAGGGUCCUUCCGAGGCCAAAAAAUGGAUAUUUCCAUUUAACAAUAAACGUAUCAAUAAAGCAAGUGUGAAUAGAAAUGUUUGAACGUGGUGAGAUCUUUUAAGAAAAUAGGAUAUAUAAAGUGCUGAACAACAAAAAAGUAGGUGAUGAAAAUCAACUGAAAUGGGAAGUUAAUGUUAUUUUUACAAUAAAACCAGUGCUGUUAAAGUUAAAGAUUCCCUGUCACUGUUGAGGAAGAGGCAAAAAAUGAGCUUUAAGAAAAACAAGAGAUGUGCUGUAAAUAUGAAUCAGUAAUAAGAGCUGUUUUUCUAUUUGGUCUUUUCAAAAUAAAAGUUUGAUGUUCCUACUCAUGUUCUGUUGUUGAAGGCUGCCCUCUAGAGGCGAAAAUGUUACUAUUGAUGAAUAUGCACCUGUUCGUUUAAAAAAAAAUAAAAUAAAAAUACC